AGGAUUUUGUCUCGCCUAGACAUGAUUAUAUUUUCCCACCCCCUGCUCCUCUUGAUGUGGUCCGCCUCAUCGGAUCACCCGGCGCUACUUGAUUCCUAGAAAUCAAAAAUUUCUCACCUUAGUCAUCCCUCUCCUUACCUUCGAGACAUCAACUCUCAGCAUGCGAGAGUUUUUCGAGCGUGUGGCAAUGGAGGCCGGGCUGCUCCGGACGGAGUUCGAGCACCUGGCUAACACCGACAAAAGCUUCCUGGCGUCGGUGGGGCGCGCGGGCCUGGACACCAUGGUGAUGGUGUCCGAUGUGACGCAGUGUGUGGCCUUUUUUGUGUUACUGUACAACCUCCGGCGGUUUCGAUCGCUGGUGGGCGUGAGUGGGCAGACCGUGGCAGCCAUCGCGGUGGCCCGCGUCGUGAACUUCCUCGGAGUUUUCGUUUUCGAGGGUGGCAAGGGCCGCCAGCUCAGCUUCUGGUUGUUCACCUCCGUAGACCUGCUCGCUACCAGUGUGGCCUGCUUCAACCUUUACUCAUUUGUGCAGCUGCGGCAAACCUACAAUGCCGAGAAAGACGACUUCCUGCGCGUACUGCUGGAGAAAUUCGGCUUUCAGGGCAAGGUCGCGCAGUACGGUGGAAUCUACAUCGUAUUUCUCUGAUUGUGUUUUUCUUUAUCCGGUUUUUUUCCACUCAAGGAACAAGAUUGAUAGAAUAGCCUAGAUUGUGGUAUGCAGAGAUCUACUUUUGGUUUUCGUUGGCUGAGUCAAUGACGUGAAGAUCCAUUAGCUUGAAGUCUGUUCGAGUUGGUAAGGUUGAGGGCGACAAUGUCCACCGUUCUACAGUUCUGAUUGAAGUAAUGAUCAUCCCUGCGUCCCAGAGCCUGCGGUAAAAGGCUGGGGGCCCGGCGCAAGUAGAGAUGCCGCGGUCUCCAGAUCUCUGGGACUAGAAAAAAUUUGCGACCACUUAAUUGAUUCCCGUCUGAUCAAGAAGAUACUCAGCGCGGGUUAGCCAGGUGGUCUACAAGAUGUACAAAUUUAACAAAGUGAUCUGUACCAACAAGCUCUUCAAAAAAGCAAAACGACAUUUUUAUUGUGGUGUUGGUGAAGUCGUUUCCUCAUACAGAACUGUCCCCAGCAUGCAUGCGAAGUAGGUCCAUGUCAAAAAAAAACCAGGUGGCGUUUGUGUUCAGCAUUGCGUGGAAGCUUUUUGUAAACAGCGGCUUGGUGUUUAACGUGUUGGGCGGGAAACCGGCAGAAACCAUUUCCGCGGAGACCAUCAUUCCGUCCUGGUCCGAGCUGGAAAAAAGCUUUGGGCAGCAAUCGACGUUGGCCGGCGUGGAGGAGGAAAGUUUGGUGGUUGGGUGGUACACGGUGUUCGCCGAUUCGCUUGUGAUGUGCGGCAUGCUGGCGCAAAUGCACCUGACGCGGCGCCUGUGCUUCAUCCGGGCCCUGCUCGGCGAUUUUGUCAUCCUCAUGGCGGCACACAAGCUUGGCCUCUUCUGCUGGUGGCUGCUGUUUGGGCAGGUGGUAUCGCUACCUGAGUCGUAUACGGACAUCAAUACGCUACGGUACCAGCUCCUGAGCUUUGAGUUCAUCCACAUUUGCAUCUACUUUGACUUCUGGGUCUUCUGGGUCCGGUCCGGCGCCGCGAGCUGGUGGUGGACCAAGAGGCAAAGGGACGAAUUCGUAAUGCUCUACGACAAUGUCUAGUACUACUACUAGUGGUGAAGGUGAAUCACCGGCGGGCGGAGGCGGGCAACGUAUACGUAUUUCACGUCCACUCAGCUCUAUAAAACGAAGGAUUUCAUCUUUCGCUCUCACGACUGACAGUGAGACAUCAUUCAGUUUACGGUUGACUUAUUCAACCGCCGCAGUGGUUCGUUCAAUUAUACUAGCAAUCGCCCAGUGGUUGAGUUUUUUUUAGAUUCUCUUCGACCUCGCGGUGCUGUAAAGCAGCCGGGAGUCAAGUACAACCCAUUUGAUCUACCCCGUUCCACUUCCAAUGAUUUCCAUUCCGAGAGUACAAAAAACACGAAGCGGUUUUUUCAUUUCCACUAACGUAU